AUGUCAGAUAUUACUAUCACAAUCAAAUCAUCUGGUGAUAAGAAAUAUGAAAUCACAUUCAAUCCAUCAAUUACCAUACUAGAAUUAAAAGAAUUAGUUGCUGAAAAAGCUUCAAUUCCUGCUUCAAGUCAACGUUUAAUUUAUUCUGGUAAAGUUUUAAAAGAUAAUGAAACUGCUGAAUCAUAUAAAAUUCAAAAUGGUCAUACAAUUCAUUUAGUUAAAAGUGCAAAUACUUCAACUUCUUCAUCAACUACAGCUGCAAAUACAACUAACUCAACUACUUCCACCAAUGAAACACAACAAUCAACAGUUCCAUCAAAUAUAGCAGCAGGUCAAGGAUCUUUCAACCCAUUAGCUGAUCUUACAGGUGCUCGUUAUGCAGGUUAUAGUCAAUUACCAUCAGCAUCAAUGUUUGGACCAGAUGGAGGUAUGAAUUCAAACUUACCAGAUCCUGAUCAAUUAAAUUCAAUGAUGUCAAAUCCAAUGUUUCAAGAACAAAUGAAUGCAAUGUUAUCAAAUCCUCAAAUGUUAGAUUUUAUGAUACAACAAAAUCCUCAAUUAAGAGCAAUGGGUCCUCAAGUUAGACAAAUGAUGCAAUCUCCAAUGUUUAGACAAAUGAUGUCAAAUCCUGAAAUGUUAAGAUCAAUGAUGCAAAUGCAACAAGGUGGUGGUGCUGGUAAUUUAUUUGGUGGUGGAGAUUCAAAUUCUGCAUUUCCAGCUCCAGGUGCUAAUCCAACUACCUCCACUGAAGGUGAAAAUUCAGAUCAAAGUAGUUCAACUCCAUCAGCAACAAAUCCACAAGCAAAUCCAUUUGCAGGUUUAUUUGGAGGAGCAGGUAUGCCACCAAUUGACCCAAGUGCUUUAUUUGGUGCAGGUGCUGGCUCGGGAACUACACAACCAACAGAUAAUAGACCACCAGAAGAAAGAUAUGAAACACAAUUAAGACAAUUAAAUGAUAUGGGAUUUUAUGAUUUUGAUAGAAAUGUUGAAGCUUUAAGACGUACUGGUGGUAGUGUUCAAGGUGCUAUUGAAUAUCUACUAUCACAUACUUAA